AGUAGCGGAGAGUUCUCUACAGAAGUUGGGAACACCUGGAGCUAUCGACCCAGUGCUUUCGGCGACGUUGAGUGUCUUUGUUGGUCAUUAUGUCCUUAGCUUCGUUGGAGACAACCAAACGAAUGAUGAUGUCCUCUCGGUCACUUUCUCGGACUUGCCAACUCUCUCGAGCUUUGCACACCUAUACACCUCGUCUGGCUGGCCACAGUAAAUGGUCGAAAAUCAAGGACCAGAAGGGUGCCAAUGAUCGGCAGAAAUCCAAGAUUUACGGUGGUGCAUUUCGUGACAUUAUGGUGGCUGUUCGAAAUGGCGGUUCCGCGAACCCAGAGACCAACCUGGCGCUGUUCAACGCGUUAAGGAAGGCGAGGGACAAUGGAGUUCCCAAACAAAAUAUAGAGAAUGCUUUAGCUAAGGCCAGCGGGGAGAAAGAUAAGAGCACCCAUACGACAUACGAAGUCAUGGCGCACGGCUCUGUUGGGGUCGUUGUAGAAUGUAUAACAGAUAACACGAACCGGACCCUUCAACGACUACGGGAAAUCCUCAAUAAGAACAACUCUCGGUUGGCGACGGUGGGCUUUCUUUUCCAACGGAAGGGAUGUGUCCGCGUAUCCGUCGAGAAAGGUGAAAACUUUGAGGCACGCAUGGAGAAGCUCAUCGAGACUGCACUGGAGGCGGAUGCGGAGGAUUUCGAAGAGUCGACAGACAUGACUACAUCAGAGGCCGUGGAAAUACAGUUCCUUUGUCCGCCUCAAGAACUCGCCAAACUCACCACGGCCGUCACCGCUUCCGGCCUCUCAAAGGAGUUGAUCACAAGCGAGCUCAUCUAUACGCCGUCUGAAGGGCCAGUCGAAACCGAUGAAGAGAUGGAGACUAACAUCGGAAAGCUAAUCGAGGAACUGGAGGAGUACGAGGAUACGUUGCGGGUGUGGACUACACUGGACUCCAAUGAGGCUGGUUCAUGAUGCUCGGGCGGUGGGAGUUAGAGACGAUGAUAAUAUAUACACAUCUAUGAUGCAAAGAGAGCUGGUGCAGAAUCGGGAAAGUGUGGAGGGGUUUAUGAGUUGAUGUUCUUCCCCAGACGUGCAAGGUGGUAGUUGAUUGACGGUCGUGGCAGCUUUCUUUGGAAAGGCGUGGUUCGCAUACACUCGAAAAGAGACGUAGCAGAUUGAGCGCAGGCUCCUGUGCUCAUAACAUCCGUUGUUGCGGCCCAACAACCCAACAUAGCUGCUAGCUCAGGACCACAAGGGUUCGCUCCCUUUCUCUUUUGAGGGCGAACCUUCAACUUCUUGACAUGCAAGCCCAUACCUUCGCCUCCGUCCUAUUCCAAAAUGUAUGUGUCUUGUUGUAAGGUGCUCGAGACCUAAUCGAAGAUAUCGGUUCGGUUGACGCGUUUUUCGUAGAGUCAGAGGAGGGUGAAGUGGUU